ACAGCGCAGUUUAGAUUGAGAGAUGCGUGGAUUUUAACACCUGUUCAAGAAACGAUCCGACAACGUGCGAACUUGAACGCGGAGUUGUACUUUUGGAAAUACGCGCUGGGCGCAUAAGAGAAGUGUGAUUGCAAAAGAAGUUUAACUUUUGGACUUCCUUGGACAAGUUAACCAGCAGAGAUCUGCUUGCGUUGGGUUAUUUUCCAACCCGUUGAGUGAGUUUUUGUGUAUUUUUACUGCGUCCAUGUCUGACAUAUACAACCUGGACUCGCCACCAUGCAACAUGAGCUGGGCCAUGGAGCCAGCCAACUUCUAUGAUAAUAAAGUGAUGCCAGGAGAUGCCAAGUCAAGAAUGCCAGGGGAUGAGCAUGCCAUCGCCGCGGACAACAACAACAGCAGCAGCAUGGUGGAGCUCAGUAACGCCCCUGCCGUUUACGACGACGAGAGCGCCAUCGACUUCAGCGCGUACAUCGAGUCCAUUUCCACGGUGCCCCUGGAGAUCUGCAACGAUGAACUGUUUGCAGACUUGUUUAACAGCACUGUAAAGCAAGAAAAGACUGACUUUUACAUGCCCAGCCACGCGCUGCUGGGAAGCACACAUGGCACCUAUGCUCAAAAGAGCUUGGAGAGGCAGCAGCACCAGGAUGGGGUCUUUGGAAAAGGCGCGUUUUGCGCACCGGUCAAAAAAGAGGCGGAUUGGAGUGACAGUGACCUGUCGUCUUUACCGUCGCAGAUCGAAACGUGCGCGCAGACUUCGGUGAGCCUACACACGGGGCAACCGACGCCGCCCACGACGCCAGAACCCGAGGCUAUAAGCCAGCCAUCCAGAAGGUUGGGUAAGGAGAAGGGUAAAAAGACAACCGACAGGUACAGUCCGGAGUAUCGCCAGCGACGCGAGAGGAACAACGUCGCCGUGCGUAAAAGCAGGGACAAGGCGAAGCAGCGCAACUUGGAGAUGCAGCAGAAGAUGCUAGAGUUGAACGUCGAGAAUGAGCGCUUGCACAAAACCAUCGAUCAGUUGACACGAGAACUGAGCAGCCUCAGAAACUUCUUCAAACAGAUGCCCGAACCUGCGUUUGGCACGGGAACCGGGGCGCGCACGGCUGUUGACAGUCGGUGACGCCCCCUAUCCCUAAAACAAAUCCUGCCAAUAAUCUCUCAAACAUACCUCAAUUGACUCGAAUUAUUGUUUUCUGUGACAGACAUGUUUUCAGUUACACAUUGGAUGACUUUGGACUUUCGCACUGAACAGCGAUUAUUUUUGUGAAUUUAUUUUCUUGUUUUUGUAUUCUAAAUUAUUACAGAAAAAAUGCAUAUAUACGUUUUUAUGGUACCUGUUUUUUAAUUCCAAAACUUUGUAUUAAUGCCAGAGCAUGUUUUGCAAUUUUACAGUGUGUAUAAAUGUAUAAUAAAACGAUUUAAAAAUUUAAUGAAA